UAUCUGAAAGAGAUGCAAAGCUUCAGUCUCCGGCCCAAAAAUGCCCAUAUUUGGUGGUUGCUAGCCCAUAUUGAGCCCACUUUAGGUCCAAUCUGUCCAAAUUGUGCCCAAACUUGACCAUAUUUGACGGUGGCUAGCCCAUAGAUGUUCCCACAUAGACUUAGGCCCUACCAAAUUUCAGAUUCUCCCAAUUUCUGGUCGCCCAAAAUCAUUUCUCAUCAGCGAAGGCUCAGCAGCUAAUGGUUCAACAAUGCGACUAAGAAAUCCCAGAAACUACCAUCUUUUCCAUGACCGAGUUCCCCAAAAACCUCUUAUCGAAGCGAGUUCUCAAGCUCCUCAAAUCAGAGAAAAACUCCCACUCUGCACUGGCUCUCUUCGACUCAGCAACUCGCCAUCCGGGUUACACUCACUCAUCCGACGUUUUCCACCACAUCCUUCGUCGACUAGUCGACUCCCGAUUCGUUUCCCACGUGACUAGGAUCGUCCAACUCAUUGAAACUCAGAAAUGUAACUGCCCAGAAGACGUUGCUUUAACGGUAAUAAAAGCUUAUGCCAAAAACUCAAUGCCUGAUAAAGCAUUAGAUUCCUUCCAACGAAUGAAGCAAAUUUUUGGUUGUGAACCUGGGAUUCGAUCUUACAACACUCUACUGAACGCUUUUGCCGAGUCGAAUCGUUGGGAGCAAGCUGAGUCGUUUUUUAAGUACUUUGAAACAGUGGGGAUAAAGCCAAAUUUGCAAACUUAUAAUAUUUUGAUUAAGGUUGCUUGUAAAAGGAAGCAUUUUGAGCACGCGAAGCGGUUAUUGGAUUGGAUUUGGAAAAUGGGUCUUCAUCCAAAUGUACAAAGCUAUGGGACUUUGAUGAAUGGUCUUGUCAAAGGCGGGAACUUGGUCGUUGCUUUGGAAUUGUUCGACGAAAUGUUUAAGAGAAAAGUGAACCCUGAUGUUAUGUGUUAUAAUAUACUAAUUGAUGGGUUUUUCAGAAAUAGGGAUUUUGUGAAGGCAAAUGAGGUUUGGGAGAGGUUGUUGAAGGAUUCAUCAGCUUAUCCAAAUUCAGUUACCUAUAAUGUUAUGAUUAAUGGUUUGUGUAAAUGUGGCAAUUUUGAUGAGUGUUUGAGUAUAUGGGAGAGGAUGAAGAAGAAUGAAAGAGAGAAGGAUUUAUUUACUUAUAGUAGUAUGAUACAUGGACUGUGCAAGGCAGGGAAUAUUGAUGGUGCUGAGAGAGUUUAUAAAGAGAUUGUUGAAAGUGGGGUAAUGGUUGAUGUGGUUACUUAUAAUGCAAUGCUUAAUGGGUACUGUAAAGCUGGGAAAAUUAAAGAGUGUUUUGAGUUGUGGAAACUGAUGGAAAAUGAUGGUUGUAUAAAUGUUGUUAGUUUUAAUAUAUUGAUUAGAGGGUUGUUAGAGAAUGGAAAGGUAGAUGAUGCGAUUUCUCUAUGGGCGAUCUUGCCUGAGAGAGGUUGCAGUGCUGACGCUUCAACAUAUGGAGUUUUGAUUCAUGGAUUGUGUAAGAAUGGCUACUUAAAAAAAGCUUUAGACAUAUUGAAAGAGGCUGAACUUAGGGGAGGUAAAGUGGAUAGCUUUGGAUAUUCCUCAAUGAUUGAUGGGUUAGGCAAACAAGGGAGACUAGACGAAGUAGCUGGUUUAAUCAGUCAGAUGGUUAAGUGUGGUCGUAAACUGACUCCUUAUGUUUGCAAUCCCUUGAUUCAUGGUUUUAUCCAAGCAUCCAGACUUGACGAUGCCGUUCAAUUUUUCAGGGGAAUGAACUUAUUGGGUUACUCUCCUACUGUUGUCUCAUAUAACAUUCUCAUUUCUGGUUUGUGUAAAGCAGAAAGAUUCGGGGAGGCAUACUAUUUUUUGAAGGACAUGCUAGAGAAAGGGUGGAAACCCGACAUUAUCACCUACAGCUUGUUGAUUAAAGGCCUUUUCCAAGGAAAGAAUGUUGACAUGGCACUCAGCUUAUGGCACCAUGUGCUUGACAAGGCCUUCAAGCCUGAUGUAACCAUGCACAAUAUUAUCAUUCAUGGCCUUUGCUCUGUUGGCAAAGUUGAGGAUGCUUUACAGCUCUACUCAAAGAUGAGGCAAGUAAACUGUGCUCCAAAUCUCGUAACCUAUAAUACUAUCAUGGAAGGGCUUUACAAAGCCGGAGAAUACAAGAAGGCAUCAGAGAUCUGGGCCCGAAUUUCAACUGAUGGACUACAGCCAGACAUUAUUUCUUAUAACAUUACUCUCAAGGGGCUUUGUUCUUGCGGUAAGAUAUCAGAUGCAAUUGGCUUCUUGGAUGAUGCUUUAGAGCGUGGAAUUCUUCCAACUGUCAUUACAUGGAACAUACUUGUCAGGGCUGUGCUGACAACGGGCUUCAACAUGGCUGUUGGGAUUUAGGAUUUACAUGCAGUUAAGUUCGCAUUUCUGGAUUCUGGCUUUAACGUAUCCAAAAGACCAAACCAAACACAUCCACCAACCCCAACCAGUAAGACAAGAUGACCGUCCACCUUUCAAGCGUCACGACAAGUACCAUUCUACAGAUGGGCACUCCACUAACAACCGCAUUGCUCUUUAAAAGUAGAUUGAAAGAGUGGAAGGUUUGAUUAAAAGUCAGCCCGCUUGCCAAGCUAAGUGACGCGACAGUGCACCCAUUCGCCAACCAAGAGAGGCAUCCACCUAAUAAGAAGAAAGUUUUUCUGGGGCAAACCGAUGAAGGCAAAGCAGUAAGAAAACAUAUAAUCCAAUGCAUCAUUAAUGUAACUGUCGGGGCAACAAAGGAUUGGGCAAGUAGCAAGUCUAACACAAGGCUCACAUGCAUAGUGUAAUGGCAAUUGAUGUAGCUCCAAAAAAGCCAAGAACAGGUGAUUGGCGAGUCAUGUUUUAGGAAGAUGAUACAGAUGUCCUAGUUAAUAACGGUAAAGACCCUAUUGUAGUCUCUACCACUAUUGGUAACUUUCAAGUGAAAAAGAUUUUGGUAGACAGUGGCAGUAUAGUGAAUCUCAUUCAGUAUAAAGACUUUAAACAGAUGAAGUUAGAUGAUAGCGACUUAUGACCAUCAAAGCCUAUUUUCGGUUUCGUCAACUAACCCAUAAUUGUACUCAUGUUAAUUGUACUCAAGGAUUGCAUUAUCGUUGAUCAAUCCUCUACCUAUAAUGUGAUCUUUGGCAGGCCUCUCAUGAAAAAGCCAAAGUUAAUAACAGUCAUUUAUUGCUUGCAAGUCAAGUUCUCCACUCACAGGAAUCGGGUACAUGGAAAAAGAUUUAAGUUACGACUUGCCAAUGCCAUCUAUUAUCCUUACAAUUGACUUAGAAGGUGGAAUUUGAAGUAGAUAUGGUCCAAGGUGAUAAGCAAAGACCAGUGAAUAGACUGGGGAAUAGUCCCAGUCUCUGCCAGCAGUACAUGUCAUCAACCCCACCCUAGCCCAGAUCUUUAGCAUUGAUAGUUUGGACAAUCAUGGUGAGCCCAACUAGCACAAGGCUCACCUUGUUGAGCAAGCAGUCCAAGUCCAACUGUUUUCGCCCAACCAAAACUUGGUGAGCUAUGUGGACACUCCAUUUAGUCUGGGAUAUAAGUCACAUGGGUGUGAUUUGAUUUUAGGUCCAAAGGCUCAAAUCGAUAGGUGUCAAACUUGUUUCAAGCUUGAUAGUUGGUUUAUUUUAUUAUUUCAUGAAUUUUCUUUUAUUUGUAUAUGUGUAUAUAUAUUUUAU